GCUCCGCCGGCAUGGAGGCGGAGGAGCUGGAGAGCGAGGCCUCGGAGCGGGAGCCUCGGGCAGGGACAGAUCAGAGCCCAGAGGCGGCGGAGGAGCAGGAGGAAUCCGAAGAGGCGGCUUGUGGCGCCAAGAAGCGGGUGGUGCCGGGUAUUGUGUACUUGGGCCACCUCCCGCCCCGCUUUCGGCCUCUGCACGUACGGAACCUUCUCAGCGCGUACGGCGAGGUCGGGCGCGUUUUUUUCCAGCCCGAGGACGGCUUCGUGAGGCGCAAGAAGAAGGCCGCGGCAGCCUCGGCCGCGGGAGGCAAAGAGCGGUCCAAGUACAGCAAGGACUACACCGAGGGCUGGGUGGAGUUCCGAGACAAGCGAGUCGCCAAGCGCGUGGCGGCCAGUCUUCACAACACGCCCAUGGGCGCCCGACGGCGCAGCCCCUUCCGUUACGACCUGUGGAACCUCAAGUACUUGCACCGUUUCACGUGGUCCCACCUCAGCGAACAUCUUGCCUUUGAGCGCCAGGUGCGCAGGCAGCGCCUGAGGGCCGAGGUUGCCCAGGCCAAGCGUGAGACUGACUUCUAUCUUCGAAGUGUGGAACGGGGACGGCGCUUCCUUGCCGCUGAGGGGGACUCUGCCCGCCCGAGUGGCACCUGGACCUUUGCCCAGCGUCCUACUGAGCAAGAGCUGAGAGCCCGGAAGGCGGCUCGGCCAGGGGGACGUGAACGGGCUCGCCUGGCAAAUGCCCAGGACCAGGCUCGCUCCAGCCGAGGGCUGCUUGCCAAGAUCUUUGGAGCUCCACCACCUUCAGCGAGCGUGGAGGAGCCCUGACCAGUCAGGGGCUCUUGAAGGGUGGACAGCCCCCUUCCAUGUCUGAGCCCUGCUUCCUGUCUACCUGAUAAUGAUUAUAUUAUCUUCCUAAGACCAGCAGUCUGGUGGGUGCUUAGACAUUGACGUCUUGUGUUUCUCUGGUCCCCCCUCCAACUCCUGUUGCCUGGCUGAGGCACCUAAUCCAUACUAGCAAGAGUGGGACUACUGCAAGAUGCCAGUUUUGUUUGACCCUUGGCUGUCCGCCUCCUCCCCAGUGAGAUCCUCUGAAAAUCCCACUUUUUGCACCCAGGAAGAGCCUUUGCUUCAAGCUAGAGUGAUAGUGUCAAGUCCAGGCAGCUAUUUCUACCAACUGUAGUUGAAGGGCAGCAGCAACAUCUGUUUUAUUUAGAAAAGAUUAACAGGGCCAGGGGUCAGUGGGAUGGGACUGGGUUGGGAGCCACCUUCCAAAUGUAUGUAUAGAAAAGAAAAAAUUUAUGUAUUUAUAUGCCUUCGUAGUUUUUUGGGGAGGGGGGGCAUUUUAUGAGUUCUAACUUCUGUCUUCUCAUGUCCUGUUCAUUCCCCUUCAUCUCCUGGUCUCAGAGCCACCGUUCUCCCCCACACCCCUAGUUCAGCCUGGACCCUUUUCUAUCUAUCAAAUUAAUUUCUUAGCCCAUUUUAUCAGUUAUCUAGUUCAGCAUUUACUAAGUCGCUAUAUGAGGACAUAGGGAUAGUAGGUAAUAACACAUGGCCCUUGGUGCUAAGAGUUACCACUAGAAAGAGACAUUUAAGAAGUAAACGUACAGAGGUCCUGCAGGCAUCCUGGUACAUGUAUAUAAGGGACAGAGUAGGGGCCAUGGGAGGGCAUGGUGGGCUCUGUCUGGGAAGGGAAGCAGUGUUUAAUACGAAGCUGACUCCGGAUCACACUCUCCAGAGAUGGGGCAGUUCUCACCAGGUUCUCCAGAUCAGUCCUGAAAAGUGACCAGAAGUCUGACUGAGCCUGGUGUA